CUCGUUACUCCAAGUGAGCGCUGAGAGAGAGAGCGAGAGAGCGAGCUAGGUGUCUCGUGCGGAUUUCACUGUCACACACAAGGCGCGCGGAGGACUUCGCAAUUAAAACCGCGUUUCGUUUUGUAUGUAUUUUGUCCGAAUUGCGCAGGGACAAAACGAGAGAAGUGCCCCCGGAGAGAGAGAGAGAAGAGAAGCCGCGGGGGGAGGAAUAACCAAAACGCAACACGUAUCCGGUGGGAUCCCACUCCUGAGAGAGAGAAGCGGCAGGAGUUGGAGCGGAGGGUGCAAGGAAAGCGAGAGGGAGAAAGAAGAAGAAGAAGAAGAAGAAGAGGGGGAAAGAUUUGACAUUUCGCUCGUAACAACGCGUUUUUAAUUAAUACAGAGGAAUAAUGAGGAACGUUUGGAUAAUUUUGACCCUCGGGCUGACCGUCUUCCUCUCCGGGGAAACGAUAGCAGAAGCAGCCAAGACUUCCUCUCAGACUGAUGACUUGUACCUGGAUGACACAGGCUCAGGAGGAUACUACCCUGAAGAUGAUGACGACUUUAACUCAGGGUCUGGCUCAGGUGGAGGUGAAGAAGUGAUGGAGGAAACAGUGACUGUCAGUGUGGUUUAUAUCGAGCCCAAUGCAGCAGAACCCACCCAGGACUCCACCAAAGAUUUCACCCCAAGGGUGGAGACAGCCACGGUCAGAGAAAAGGCCAGGGACAGCACACCCAGGAAACCACUCAGAACAGAGGCACCAGUGCCAGUUACAGAGGACAUGCAAAGGAACCAGAUGACUAGUACAACUAGUGCCCCCGGUUCACCCCAGGAGGCCAUCGAGGUCCGCACUGAAAACCUCUUCCAAAGGACAGAGGUGUUGGCAGCUGUUAUUGCAGGUGGUGUGAUCGGCUUCCUGUUCGCCAUCUUCCUCAUCCUCCUCCUGGUCUACCGCAUGAGGAAGAAGGAUGAGGGCAGCUAUGACCUGGGAGAGAGGAAGCCCUCCGGCGCAGCCUAUCAGAAGGCCCCAACCAAGGAGUUUUAUGCAUAAAAGCCGGCCCCUCCCGUCAUCAGAACGACAAAUCGCGAGUGACUGUCAGAAACAGUCCAUGGCAACAGCGAACCUGUUCAAACACAACAAGAAACAAGUUGAUUAAGGAAAAAUAGCAUAAAGGAACGCUUUUGCAUAGAGUAUUGUAAUUAAGACCUUUUCUUUUCUUUCUUCUUUUUUUUUUUAAAAUGAAAACCAAGCAUUUCUCAUUUUAUGGCGAAUCUCAGUGUAUUUAAACAUUUUGUGUAUUAUUUGAAAAGGCUGAAAAAAUAAAAACAGGAUCUGUAAAGGCGAGGAAAUUAAUCGCGUCUGUCUUCUGUCAAAGGAGCUGUUUUUAGUCGCUGACUACUUUUAACUGUAGCAGUAUGUUAUUUGUAAAGAAAAAAAAAUUUAAAGUGGAAAUAAUUGAAUAUAAUUAUUCUGUAUCAAUCUUACUUUCAUUUUUUUCUUUUUAUUUUGUCCUAGCAUGUCUGAUGUUGAUCUCUAAAGGUGUAUUACAUUAAUUUAUCUUUUCUCUGAUGUUAAAAAAAUGCCUUUGUAGUUUUGAUGAAGCUCUUUGGUCUUCAUAUUAACGCU